CCACCAGGGAAGCCCUGUUUAACUCUUAUAUAGGAGUUGUGUCAUCCUAUUUCCAAGCCCGCAACUGAAAGGAAGCAGCAAAGGAGAGUGUAAAGAGACCAGCAUAGAGAGGAAAAAUGACCACAGUGCAACUGAGAGUUGACACUGAGAGUGGACAGAGAUCAAGACACUAUGCAAAGCAAGCACGAGCAUAAGAGCCGGGGGUCAUUUAUUUAGGGGGAAUGGCUUGGCACGCCUUGGCCCUUGGGGGGAUCAUUAUUUUGAUAAUUGAUGCUUUGCUGGUAAUUGUGACCCUGAGUCCUCAAGAAAAGGUUAAAUGAUGUUCCCUUGACUGUUCAGGAAGGCAGGGAAGGAAGCGUGUAACAUGUUUUUAAAAGAUGUCCCAGUCAGAUAGACUAAAAGUUUUAAAAGUGUUGACACUUAGGUAAUAUCACUAGUCCUCUCAACAAGGCAAAAAAUAAGUGGUGGUACCCUCAACUACAGAUAAGGAAACUGAGUCCACCCCCACACACAAGGUAGGUAACUUUUCUGAGGUCUCUCAGCUAAGACUUGGCAGGGAUGAGGUCUGAACUUCUAAAUGACUCUGGAGCACGUGCACUGAACUCUACCCCAGACUGUUUGGAAACCGGGCACACUCUUGAAAACAUGGCUCUUGGACAGCUCUCUCUGCAGGGCUUCCGGCUAGUCAAGGUUUUACUGUGUUACUGUGGAGCCAGGAUGGGCCCAAACUUAAUUCAGCUCCACCCAUAGCAGACUGCCAGUUAUCCUAAAGGACGCUUGCCUCAGUGGAAACAAGAACGCCUUUAAUACAUUUACAUUUUAAGCACCUGCCUGGGUGCCACACAACACUUGCUGAGGCCAGAAAAUGAUAGGGAGGAGCUGCAAUUUCAAAAAUCCCAGGCCUCUUUCCGUCAGGAGCUUUUGUUCCUUUGUUUUGGUUCUGGACUCUGCUGAAAGAUGCUGUGCUGUGCAGUCUCGGUGCUGGUUGUUCCAGUCUGUCUCCAGGGUGGCGGGGCCCGCCCCUGUGUAGGAACCCCUACCCCCAUGUUCCCACCAUCCAGAUCUGGCAAAUGAACCUCCCUGGAGCGCCCCCACCAGGCAGCAAUGCAAGGAUGCCCGUCUCUGCCUCGCUCCACCAAGAUGGCAGCCAGGAGCGGCCCGUGAGCCUGACCUCCACCACCUCCUCGUCAGGCUCCUCCCGUGACAGCCGCGGGGCCAUGGAGGAGCCCAGCGGCUCCGAGGCUUCGGCCAAGAACGGGGCCGGCUCCCCGGGCGGCCGGCGUCUCCCCAGCAACAAUUCCAGCAGCUGGCUGAGCAUGAGGGGCCCCCUGUCCCCUUUCAACAGCCGGGCGUCGGUAGCGCCUGCGCACAAGCUCAGCUACGUGGGUCGAGUAGUGCGGGAAAUCGUGGAAACGGAGCGCACGUACGUGCAGGACCUGCGCAGCAUCGUAGAGGACUACCUCUUGAAGAUCAUUGACACGCCUGGGCUGCUGAACCCGGAGCAAGUCAGUGCCCUUUUUGGGAACAUAGAAAGCAUCUACGCACUGAACAGCCAGCUACUCAGAGACCUGGACAGCUGCAAUAGUGACCCGGUGGCUGUGGCCAGCUGCUUUGUGGAAAGGAGCCAAGAGUUUGAUAUCUACACCCAGUAUUGCAACAACUACCCCAACUCAGUGGCCGCCCUCACCGAGUGCAUGCAGGACAAGCAGCAGGCCAAGUUUUUUCGGGACCGGCAGGAGCUGCUGCAGCACUCGCUGCCCUUGGGCUCCUACCUCCUAAAGCCAGUCCAGCGCAUCCUCAAGUACCACCUGCUACUCCAGGAAAUCGCCAAACAUUUUGAUGAAGAAGAGGACGGCUUUGAGGUGGUAGAGGAUGCCAUUGACACCAUGACUUGCGUGGCCUGGUACAUCAACGACAUGAAGAGGAGACAUGAGCACGCAGUCCGGCUCCAGGAGAUUCAGUCUCUGCUCAUCAACUGGAAGGGGCCAGACCUGACCACCUAUGGGGAGCUCGUCCUGGAGGGCACAUUCCGCGUGCACCGUGUACGCAACGAGAAGACCUUUUUCCUCUUUGACAAAGCACUGCUCAUCACCAAGAAGCGGGGAGAUCACUUUGUCUACAAGGGUCACAUCCCGAUGGUCUUGAGGGACUGGGGCCCCAGGUCAGCUCCCCGCCUCGUGCUUGACUGCCCUCUCCCUCUGCCCCAGUGCUCCUCCCUGAUGCUGAUCGAGAGCACCAGAGAAUCCCCGUGCUUCACCGUCACACACUACAAGCACAGCAAGCAGCAGUACAACAUCCAGGCCAAAACUGUGGAGGAGAAACGGAGCUGGACUCACCACAUCAAGAGGCUCAUCUUGGAGAACCACCACACCACCAUCCCCCAGAAGGCCAAAGAAGCCAUCCUGGAAAUGGAUUCCUAUUAUCCCAAUCGGUACCGCCACAGCCCAGAGCGCCUGAAGAAGGCCUCCCAGGAUGAGGCGUCCACCCAUGUGCACCAGGGGCGCCGGCAGUCUGAGCCUGGUCAGCUCCUGUACAACCGGGCAACACUCCCCAGCAGGCAGCGAGGCUUCACGGUGCCAGGCCUUAAGGGCCAUAGAAAGUCGGAGCCAUCCAGACAUCUGCUCAGGCAACACAGCGAGAAAGUCAGAGCAGCAGGAAUGAAGCAUGCGGGCAGUGUUGGCAUGCUCCUGGACUUUGAACAGCCCCCCUGUGCUCGGGGCCUGCAGUCGGAGGCUGAAGGGGCUGCCCGGGAGGAGGAGGAGGAGGAAGAACAGGCCUUUCAGGUGUCCCUGGAGGACCUGGCAGGGCAUGAAGGCCGCGAGCAGGGGGCUGGGCCAGAGCCCCCAGGCGAGGAGGAGGAGGAGGAGGAGGAGGAGAGCCUGGCGGUGGCGGAGCAGGUAGCCGACUUUGCCAGCUCCCUGCUGGCCGCCCUCCACUGCUGGCACUAUCGGGCCAACGCUUUACUUUUCUCCCGGGGCGCUAUGGGGAAGGGGCACAGGGAGCCCGAAGACCCCAAGAGCUGCCGAAGGCCCAGCAGCCGAUCUCCAACCACCGCUGAGAAGUGCCUGAGCUUUGAGUCUGUGUCUUCCCUGCCGGAGGUUGAGCCAGACCCUGAGUCUGGGACAGAGCAGGAGGAGUCUGCUGCCAUGGAAGGUCCCAGGACCGAGGAGAUGCCCUCAGACACAGAGGCUCCAGAAGUCCUAGAAAUGCAGCUUGACACCCACCAGCUGCUGCUGGGACUGGACCCCCCGGGUGACGUGGUGGACUUCAUGGUGGCCGACAGCACCGAGGACCCUAAGGUCCUGAGCAGUGAGGACGAGGAGGAGGAGGUGGGGGCCGCCCACGAACCCGAGAGCCUCCUGCCUCCCUCUGUGCUGGACCAGGCCAGCGUCAUCGCCGAGCGGUUCGUCAGCAGCUUCUCUCGGCGGAGCAGCCUGGCGCUGGAGGACGGCAAGGCCAGCGGCUUUGGGACCCCGAGGCUGACCAGCCGGAGCAGCAGUGUGGUCAGCCUAGAGGACAGUGAGAAGGGCCUGGCCCGACGUGGGAGCACCACAGACCCCCUGGGCUUUCAGCUCCCUCCAGAAGCGGACAUCAGUGUGGGGGUGGCCGCAGAGAGUGACCCUUCUGUCAGCGGGACAGAGACCCAGAGCCCAGGCUGCCCAGCGGAGCCAGACAGGCCUUCCUGCACGAAGGAAUCGAAGCUUUCUUCCCGAGACCGGCUGUUGUUGGACAAAAUCAAGAGCUACUAUGAAAGUGCAGAGCACCACGACGCAGGCUUCAGUGUCCGGCGCCGGGAGAGCCUCUCCUUCAUCCCCAAAGGACUGGUGAGAAACUCAGUCUCCAGAAUCAACAGCCUUCCCAGGCCAGACCCGGAGCCAGUGGCUCCGCUGGGGCAUAAGAGACAGGUGGGUUCGCGGGCAGCCUCGUGGGCCCUCUUUGACUACCCAGGACCAGGCCAGGCUCAUGCUGGGGACCCAGCUCCCAUCACAGAUGCUGAGUUCCGCCCGUCUUCGGAAAUUGUGAAGAUCUGGGAGGAAGUGGAGUCUCCUGAGGGCAGCCCUGGGAAGGGACCAGGCCAAGGCCAGGCCAAUAGCUUUGACCUGCAUGAGCCCCUCUUCAUCCUGGAGGAGCGUGAGCUGGGGGCCAUCACUGAGGAGUCGGCUGCUGCCUCGCCGGAGCGUGCCUCCCCCACUGAGCCUCCCAGCCCGGCCCACCUGGCCCGGGAGCUGAAGGAGCUGGUGAAGGAGCUGAGCAGCGGCACCCAGGGGGAGCUGGUGACCCCACUACACCCCCGCAUCCUGCAGCUCUCCCAUGUGAUGGACAGCCACGUGAGCGAGCAAGUCAAGAGCAGGGUCUACCAGCUGGCUCGCCAGUACAGCCUCCGGAUCAAGAGCAAGUCGGCGACGGCCAGGCCACCGCAGCCGUGGGAAAAGGUGGCUGCCACCACCCCCUACCUGCAGCCGGAGGCUGGAGCACCAUCUGCUGGCAGAGGGGUUCAGGCGGCUCGCUGUCUCCUCACAGGUAAGAGGAAACCGGUGCUGUCUCUCUUCAACCACGAGCAGCCCACGGCCCAGGAACACAGCCCACCCAAGUCCGGCUCUGCCAGGGAGGUAUCGCCACGGCGUUUCUCCUUCAGCUCCUUGGCCACCAGCCCGAGGACCACCUCGCCUGGGGCCUGGCACAUCCCCCGAAGCCCCCUCAGCCCCUUGGACACCGAGACUUUCAACUGGCCCGACGUCCGAGAGCUCUGCUCCAAAUAUGCCUCCCAGGACGAGGCGCUCCAGGCCAAGGGCAGCCGGCCGCGCAACCUGCCCGUCAACCGGAGCCACUCGCUGCCGGAGAACAUGAUGCAGCCGCAGCCGCCCCUGUCGGGGAAGGUGGGCCGCUGCUGCAGCCUGAACGCCAGGAGGGCUCCGGCAGGCCCAGGGGUCGCCCAGCCUCAGCCUCUGGCGGGGUCAUCCCCAAGUGCGCCGGACGGAGGGGAGGCCCUGUACGUCACCGCAGACCUCACACUGGAGGACAGCCGGCGGAUGGUCAUCAUGGAGAAGGGGCCCCUGUCCGGCCCCAACGCGGGACUGGAGGCAGCCAGCGGGCAGGGACCGAGCUCACCAGCAGCCCAGGCGGGGCAGGGCCCGGCGUUCCAGGAGUGUGCAGAGUAUCGGCCUAAAGAAGAGGGUCCCAGGGACCUGGCGGACCCAAGCCAGCAGGGCAGAGUGAGGAGCCUGCGGGAGAAAUUCCAGGCCUUGAACUCCACAGGUUGACACUGAGUCCUGGGGGAGGGAGCAGCUGUGCCGAGGGACGGGGAAGAACGGUGGCAUCCUCGCUCACAGCCUGGGGCCCUCAGAAAGGCUGCCCCUGGGAGAGCGCCCUGGGGCACCGGGCAAGGGCCUGUCGCCUGCCGUGGGCGCGCCAGUGACUCGCGAGCCCCUUUGCCCUCCGAGGCCAGUGUGGCCGCUUCCCUUGUAUAUAGUUCUUCUCUAGUAAGAGGCCAGAUAGUUAAGCUCAUCUCUUCCCAGGGAGAGCGAGCCCUGCUCAGGCCUCCAGUGUUGCCUGGCCGCUGCCAGACUGAGGGCCGCUCCGGGGGACACACAGGAGUGUGGCCUGGGGAGGCUUUGUUCUUUAACUGUGCCUUUUCUUAGGAUCCGGGCAGGAAUGAGGCCCAUAAUUUAUUGCUUUCUACCCUGUGGUAUGUUGGUGUGCUCGCGCGUGUGUGUGUGAGUGUGUGUUCUGUUGUUGAUUUCCCUCCUGGGAAGAAUGUCGUGGACUCUGUUCAGGUACUUCUGUGGGUUGUCUCGCUGGCCCCGUGGUUGUCACUAAUGUACACACAUUUUGUUAUUUGCCAAUGGUGUAGUAACCACUGCUGACCAACCAA